AUGUUUGAUGACUGGGCGACGAGUGGUGAUACGAGCCCGGCAUUGCUUCGUUUGCUGAGUCGGGUGAAGGAGAGGAACACGAGUACUUUGAUCCGGUGGAACGGCGACCACACAGCAGGGGUGCGCAUAACCCAACGGGAAUUGGUAUUAAGUGGAUCCGAGAAGAUAGUGACACAUGUGGAAGCGGUAUUGCGGACCUAUGAUAAGGAGGCGGGUACACGGACACCGACGACACGAGAACCGGCGGACGAAGGUGGGGGUGAUGAAAGUGUCGUGGAAGAUGACGUGCACGUAAUCUUGUCAAUAAAACACAUCCAUUCUGCCUCAUGGAUUCGCGAACUAAGUGUGCAUCGAUCGGUUUUGUUUGCAUGCGCAAUCACCAACGUGGACUACCCUGUUGAAAUCCCCGAAAGCAGCAUGCGUCUAUUCCGGGAUGUCGCACAUAGCAUCGCCCAUACGCAUAUUUUCAUUGAGAAGAUGCUGCCCUACCUCAAGUUUCCAACACUCCGCAACGAGGUCAGCAUUUUUUGGUGGAGGGCCGUCAACGACGGCUGUCUAGUCAUACAGAAUUGGAGCACUGGACGACUACUCAUAUUCCAAUCCAAAGGUCGCAGUAUAAAGGAUGCGUCUGUGACGUUUGCCGACUUUUAUAGCAUAUUACAAGAAGGAUUGCCGUAUGAGUUUUCGGUGACUAACGAAGAUUAUGAAAGUGUAUCUUUAGCGGCUCACGAAGAAGUGGACUUGGACUAUUGUUACGGUUCAGAAGAAGAUGUGGCUGGUGUAUUAAAUUCGUGGACAUUAGAGGAUGGGGUAUCACCAUGGUUGACCAAAUUGGUGGUGAAAUCUACUACCAAGCGGAACUUGGUUCGGCAACAAAGAUAUUCUCUAGGAGUAGAGAUUCAGGAGACUCCACCAAUGACGCCUGAAGACAAUGAUAAUAAUGAACCAAUAUUCCAAGACAGUAACUCCCGUAGUCUCUUCCUAUUAAUUCAGGUUCAUAUGAACGAACCUCUUUCCAGGGAACUACGAGCUUAUCCGGUCUGUAUGAUACCUGUAGCGAUUCAGAGCUACGAGCACAGAGACCUAAUCUUGAUCUAUCUCAGGUGUUUGUGGUUCUUGAGGAAACUCUACGAAUUUCACCAGUCAGUGAACUUCGCUGGAAACACCAUUAAAAUUAAAAAUGAACUUCGACCGUACAAACGAAUUGACGAGAAAGACCUUGCACAAAAAUUCAAGCUGGCUGGCGGCGCUAAACUGACUACUCGAAAACAUUUUUAUUUCCAUGAAAACUAA